AUGAAGUUAUUAGUAAUACUUUUAUUUUCUGGACUUAUAACUGCUUGUAGAGGUAACUCUUCUUACAGUUUGCCACCGAAGUUAUUACUAGUGUCCUUUGAUGGCUUCAGAGCGGACUAUCUACAGAACUAUGAAUUUCCUCAUCUCCAGAAUUUUAUUAAAGAAGGUAUCUUAGUGGAGCACGUUAAAAAUGUUUUCAUCACAAAGACAUUUCCAAACCACUAUAGUAUUGUGACAGGCUUGUAUGAAGAAAGCCAUGGCAUUGUAGCUAAUUCCAUGUAUGAUGUAAUUACCAAGAAAUAUUUUUCUGACUUAAAUGACAGGGAUCCUUUUUGGUGGAAUGAGGCAGUACCUAUUUGGGUAACCAAUGAGCUUCAAGAGAACAGAUCAAGUGCUGCUGCUAUGUGGCCUGGCACCGACAUACCCAUUCACAAUACCACGCCUUCCUAUUUUAUGAAUUAUAGCUCCUCUGUAUCAUUUGAGGAGAGACUAAAUAAUAUUACCAUGUGGCUGAGCAAUUCGAAUCCACCAGUUACUUUUGCAGCGCUCUAUUGGGAAGAACCAGAUGCAAGUGGACAUAAAUAUGGACCCGAAGAUAAAGUAAAUAUGAGCAGAGUGUUGAAAGAAAUAGAUGACCUUAUUGGUGACUUAGUCCACAAACUCAAGAUAUUAGGAUUGUGGGAAAAUCUUAAUGUGAUCAUUACAAGUGAUCAUGGGAUGACCCAGUGUUCUAAGGAAAGACUGAUAAACUUGGAUCUCUGUCUCAAUCGUUCAGACUACACUCUUAUAGAUUUGACUCCAGUUGCUGCAAUACUUCCCAAAAUAAAUAAAACAGAGGUUUAUAACAAACUAAAAAACUGUAGCUCUCACAUGAAUGUUUAUCUCAAAGAAGACAUUCCUGCCAGGUUUCAUUACCAACAUAAUGAUCGAAUUCAGCCUAUUAUUUUGGUUGCUGAUGAAGGCUGGACAAUUGUGCUAAAUAAUUCAUCACUAAAAUUAGGUGACCAUGGUUAUGAUAAUUCCUUAUCUAGUAUGCAUCCAUUUCUGGCUGCCCACGGUCCUGCAUUUCACAAAGGCUACAAACAAUGCACGAUUGACAGUGUGGAUAUUUAUCCAAUGAUGUGCCACAUCCUGGGAUUAAAACCACGUCCCAAUAAUGGAACCUUUGGUCAUAUUCAGUGUUUGUUAGUUGACCAGUGGUGCAUUAGACUCCCAGAAGCCAUUGGAAUUGUUUUUGGUGUACUCUUGAUCUUAACCAUUCUAACGUGCCUCUUCAUAAUCAUGCAGAAUAGACUGUCUGCACCGCAGCCAUUUUCCCGACUUCAGUUACAAGAAGAUGAUGAUGAUCCUUUAAUUGGCUAA